AAAUAAUAAAAUGGAAAACUCAGCACUCAUCAUAGUUGAUGUUCAAAAUGAUUUUUGUGAAGGAGGAUCACUUCCUGUGCAAAAUGCCUCUAAGAUCAUUCCGUAGAUAAACAAAGUCAGAAAAUACUUCAAAAAUGUGAUUUUCACCUAAGAUUGGCAUCCUAAAAAUCAUGUCUCUUUCAAAACCAACCACCCUAAUCAUAAAUAAUUGUCUCAGAUGGAAAAGUAAAAUCUUUGGCCAGUUCAUUGUGUCCAAAAUACCUAUGGUGCCUAAUUACACAAAGACAUUCAAAUCAAAAAUGGUGAUCACUUUGUUCUAAAAGGAAGAAACUCAAAAUACGAUAGCUAUAGCGGAUUUGGAUGCAAAGAAGAUAAGACUAAUUUACAUGAAAUUGUACUAAUCAUUCAUAAUAUUUUAGCUUAAAACCUUAAAUGUGAACACCAUAUAUGUUGGAGGAUUAGCAUUUGACUAUUGUGUUUUGUUCACUGUCUUGGAUGCCAUCAAAUUAGGAUACUAAGUAAAUGUCUUAAGAGAUUGUACCUAAGCAAUCGACACAGAAAAUGCAAAAACUAAAAUAGACUCUUAUUUUCAGGAAACCCGUCGUUAGGACAGCUCAAUUUUAGAAGAUUCCUUACAAAUUUUAACUUCUUAUGCAUUAGAAGAAUGA